AUGGCAGGGAAUCUGGAAAGGUGGAAGGCCUUCGGACCAUUUUUUACGGUGGUAGGGAGCUUCGUAUUGGCUUCGAUAUUUGUUUCAGCGGACAGGAGCUUGAAGCAGAAAUCUUUGUCCCGCAAUGCAACUGGGAUUUCGGUCCCAGACUCUGAUUCGGAUUUUUUGUCCGCUUUUGUGAAUUUCAUAUGGCAAGCGGAAAAAUCAGGUUACCAACACGUUUGGCCGGAUCUGGAAUUCAACUGGCAAAUCGUAAUUGGCAGCAUUAUUGGAUUCUUUGGUGCUGCCUUUGGGAGUGUAGGUGGCGUUGGUGGUGGCGGAAUAUUUGUUCCUAUGCUUACUCUCAUUGUUGGUUUCGAUCCUAAGUCUGCUACUGCUAUUUCCAAAUGUAUGAUCAUGGGCGCAGCAGUCUCGACUGUUUAUUACAACCUUAGGCUCAGACAUCCGACCAUUGAGAUGCCGAUUAUCGACUAUGAUUUGGCUGUACUUAUUCAGCCGAUGCUCAUGCUAGGCAUUAGUAUUGGAGUUACUUUCAAUGUGAUUUUUGCAGAUUGGAUGGUUACUGUUCUUCUAAUCUUCCUCUUCAUAGUUACAUCAACUAAGGCCUUCUUUAAAGGAGUCGAAACUUGGAAGAAAGAAACUAUCUUGAAGAAGGAAGCUGCAAAGCAAGUGGAGGCAAAUGGCAAAGACGAAGCAGAAUACAAGCUUCUACCUGGUGGGCCUAGCAACAACACGGAUGGUAAAGGCUUAGAAGAACAAACAGUUGCAAUUAUCGAGAAUGUUUGUUGGAAGGAGUUUGGGCUUCUUGCUUUCGUCUGGUUUGCAUUUCUUGCACUGCAGAUCAUCAAGAAUUACCUGCCUACUUGUUCAGCGAUAUACUGGGUGGUUAACUUGCUCCAGGUUUCAAGUGCAACAGCCACAUUUGCCAUGAUGUUCUCAUCAUCGAUGUCAGUGGUUGAAUAUUACCUUCUCAAACGGUUCCCAGUUCCUUACGCUCUGUACUUUGUUGCUGUUGCAACUGUUGCUGCUUUUAUCGGUCAACAUGUCGUUAGAAGGAUGAUUAUUGUAAUGGGAAGGGCUUCCAUAAUUAUCUUCAUUCUCUCCUUCACCAUAUUCGUGAGCGCAAUCUCUCUUGGCGGAGUUGGCAUUUCGAAUAUGAUUGGAAAGAUUCAACGGCAUGAGUACAUGGGUUUUGAGAACCUCUGCAAAUCGGGUUCUUGCCUUCAUAGCAUAGUUUUUCAAACCGGCCCGGGAAUUGACCCGGGUAGGUCUCCGGGUUAUCCGGUCACCGGUUCAAUCGUCGGGUCAAUUGCUGAACCGGAUAAUUAA